AUGGCGAUCCGGGCCAUCAAAAUCGUUGAGGUUGGAAAGGCGGCGGUCGCUGAAGUCCCGAAGCCUGAGUUGCGCGAUGGCUAUGUACUCGUCAAGGUCAAGGCUGUCGGUCUCAACCCUACGGAUUGGAAAUCCAUCGACCGGGGCGAAGUUGUUGUCGGAGCCCGCAGUGGCUGCGAUUAUGCCGGCGUCGUAGAGGAAGUAGGCAAUAACCUUGGCAGACCGUUCAAGAAGGGCGAUCGCAUUGCCGGCUUUGUGCACGGGGCGCACACAGAGAAGCACGACUCAGGCUCGUUUGGUGAAUAUGUGAUCGCCAAGGCCGACAUCGCGCUCAAGAUCCCGGACAAUAUCUCUGACGAGCAAGCGGCAACUCUAGGGGUCUCCGUUACCACCGUAGGACAGGGCCUGUACCUGGCGCUGAAGCUCCCGCUGCCCACGCACCCUCUGAAGGAGCCGGAGCCGCUGCUCAUAUAUGGCGGCAGCACGGCCACGGGCAUCUUCGGGAUCCAAUAUGCGAAGCUGUCGGGUCUGAGCGUAGCCGCCACGGCGUCGAAGCACAACCACGAGUAUCUCAAGUCGCUGGGCGCGGACGCGGUGUUCGACUAUAAGUCGCCCAGCUGCGCCGACGACAUCAAGGCCUGGGCUUCGGGUCAGGGCAAGAAGCUGCGCAAGGCGUGGGACUGCAUCGCCAGCGACGCGAGCGCGGCCAUAUGCGCCGCUGCGCUGAGCGACGACGAGGAGGGUGGAAUCUAUGCGGCUCUUCUCCCCGUAGAGCAUGACAAAUUACUUGCCGUCAACCCAAAGGUGAAGGAAUCGCUCUUCACCCUGGGCUACGACGCGUUUGGCGAGUCGUACAGCUUCGGCAAGGAGAGGCCGGGGAGGGCCGCGGAGCUGGAGCAUGGGCGCAUGUUCUGGGGUCUGGCCCGAGACUUGCUCGAGCAGGGAAAGCUGAAGACUAUCAAGCCGUCUGUGAACAGGGGCGGGUCUGGCUUGGAGGGCGUUCUGGAAGGCCUAGCUGACUUGAAAGAAGGGAAAGUUACUGGAGAGAAGUUGGUUUACACUUUGUGA